UUCUUGUGAAAAGGAAAAUAGUUAUCUUUCAAUGGGUUUGUGCUUCAAGGGUUCCAAACUACUAAAGUUCGAAGACCAAAGUUGUCGCUUUGUGUUUCAAGGGUUUUCCAGUUUUCCUUUUCAUUCUCUGCUCCUUUCAUUUGCAAUCUCACUUUCUCAAAAGUUGGGUAAACUAGAAGAGAUUAAAACUCUAAAGCUCAUCAAUCCUUUUGCUUAAGUAGGAGGAGUGACUGCCGGAUUAGCUUCCCAGUUAUUGUAUAGUUUGUUCUGUCUCCUAUCAAAUAUUAGAAAAAAAAAUGGCUUCUUUUCUUGAACCUCUUUUUAGCAAAGCUGCUGAGUACAUGGUUGACACCACUGCAGCACAACUUAGUUACGUGUUCAAGCAUGACAACAAGUUUCAGAACCUCUGGGGUAAAGUUGAAGAGCUGAAGUGUGCAAGACAAAGGGUGCAGCAAUCUGUUGAUGAGGCUAAAAGGAACGGAGAGAAUAUUUUUGAUGAUGUUGAAAGGUGGUUGACAGUGGUGAAUAAGAAGAUCUCCGACCAGGCUACAACACAAUCGCAAGAGGAUGAAAAUAAAGCGAUGGAGAAUUAUUUCGCUGGCUUUCUUCUUGAUAUCAAGAAUCGUUACCAGCUCAGCAAGAAAGCUGAUGAGGAGGCGGAGGCCAUAACACAACUCUUGAAUGAAAAGGAUCGAUUUGAUAGAGUUUCCUACCGUCCUGCUGUUGAAGGGAUACACAUUAUUAGAACUCUUAAAGAGUAUGAGACCUUUGAGUCAAGAAGUGGUGUUUUCUAUGAGGUCAUGGCAGCAUUGGAAGAUGAUAAUGUCAACAUAAUAGGAGUGUACGGGAUGGGAGGUGUGGGCAAAACCACACUUGUCAAAGAGGCUGCCAGCCAAGUCAUUGCCAAGGAGAAAAAGCUGUUUGAUGAAGUGGUCUUGGUUGCUAUAACACAAACACCGAACAUGGUAAAUACUCAGAACAAGAUUGCCGAGAGGUUGGGCCUUGAACUUGAAGGGACAGACAUGGAUAUGAGAGCAGCUAAACUUCGUGAAAGAAUAAAGAAAGAGGAGAAAAUUCUUAUUAUUUUGGAUGAUAUAUGGGUCUUCUUGGAUUUGGAGGCACUUGGAAUUCCUUCUGCAGACGAACACAAGUGAUGCAAGAUCUUGAUGACUUCUAGGAGGCGAAAAGUAUUGAAGUCGAUGGGUUCUCAGAAAAUGAAAAUACUUCCAAUUGAACUACUGAAAGAAGAUGAAGCAUGGAAGCUGUUUAAGAACCUGGCUGGUCCUAUAACUGAAAGAUCUGACUUGCAAUCUACAGCAGAAAAAGUCGCCCAAAAAUGUGCAAGAUUGCCGAUCGCUAUUGCAACAGUUGCAAAGGCUUUGAAACAUAAGGAGAAUUUGUAUGAAUGGGAGGAUGCUUUGGAAAGGGAGCUAUCAGGUAAUGUGCAUUCAGCUAUAGAGAUGAGCUACAACUACUUGGAAAGGGAGGAACUUAAAGAAACUUUCUUGCUCUGCAGUAUAAUGGGUCAUAAUGCUGCCACUGAAGACUUGCUGAAAUAUUGCAGAGGCUUGGGUUUAUUCCGUGGCCUUGACACAAUUGAAAAAGUACGGAGGAGAGUAUUGACAUUGGUUAGUGAGCUCAAAGACUCUUCUCUGUUACUUGCUGGUUCUAGCCCUGAACGGUUUGACAUGCAUGAUGUUGUUUGCGAAGUGGCCAUUGCAAUUGCUUCUAGGGACCGUGGUUGGCUUGCUUCCGGAAAAGAGGAUGUAUCUGAAGAGUGGUCAGAUAAGGAUAGAAUGAGAACCUGCAGUCUUGUUAGCUUACAAAAUACUGAGGUAAUUGAGCUACUAGAUGAGUCCGAAUGUCCAAAACUUACCUUUUUCUCUAUGGGUAGUGAGAAUUCUUCUUCGAAAAUGCCAUUCUUUUUUUCUAUGGGUGGAGCGGAUUCGUCUUUAAAAAUUCCAAAGAAUCUUUUUGAGGGGAUGAAAGGACUCAAAGUAUUAAAUUUUACCGGAAUGAAUUUGACAUCCUUGCCUUGCUCCAUUGGUUGCUUGAAAACUCUUAGUACAUUGCGUUUGGUAGGUUGUGCUUUAAAAGAUAUAGACAUCUUAGGAGAGUUAGUAAAUUUAGAAAUCCUUGACCUCCGUAAUUCUACUAUUGGAGUGCUCCCAAAGGAAAUAGGAGAGUUGAGGAGGCUAAAAUUGCUGGACUUGAGUGGUUGUAGAAAUCUUGAAGUAAUAUCACCAAACGUAUUGUCAAGUUUAUCCAGAUUAGAAGAACUCUACUUAUAUGAUAGCUUUAAGGGAUGGGAUCGGGAGGUUGAGGGAAGUGAGAAUAAUCAAAGGAGCAAUGCUAGUCUUGUUGAGUUGCAGGAUUUGUCUCGUCUGACCACUUUGGAAGUACAUGUUCCUGAUGUGCGAGCUAUACCAAAACAGAAGUUGUUUUCUAGAAACAUGGAAAGAUACAAGAUUUCCAUUGGAGAAGUUUGGAGAUGUUAUGAUGGAGGGAUGGAAACAUCAAGAAUGUUGAAGCUCACAACCAACAAUAGAAGUCUUCAAUUGGCCCAUGAAAUUAAAACGUUAUUGAGAAGAACUCAAAAUUUAUACCUAAGAGGAGUAGAAGAUGCCAUGGAAAUGCUUUAUGACCCGAUUACUGAAGGUUUUCCACAUCUAAAGCAUCUUAAGGUAUGUGAUGUCUCAGAUAUCAAAUGUGUUAUUAACCCCAGCAUGUUGGUUUCUUUUUUGGAGUCGUUGUUUCUAGAGGGUUUGAUGAAUUUGGAGGCAAUAUGUGAUGGGCAACUCAAAACUGAAUCAUUUGGGCGACUCAGAUGCGUAAUAGUCCACCACUGCAAGAUGUUGAAGAAUUUGUUCUCCUUCUCCGUGGCCAAAGGGCUUCGCCAACUUGAAGAAAUACGGGUAUCCAGUUGCGAGAACAUGAGAGAGUUAAUAAAAGUGGAAAAGGAAGAGAUGGGUGAGGAUGACAUUUUGGAAUUCACUCAACUGCGCUUCUUAGAAUUGAAAGGACUUCCUAAAUUCAAUGGCAUGUGGCUUUUUGAUAAAAAGGUUUUGUUUCCUGCGGCAUUGGAGAAGUUGUAUUUGGAAUCCGUCAAUGGGAUUGAAAAAAUAUGGCGUGAUGGUCAACUUCUUACACUGUCUUGUGGUGUUCAAAAUUUAACACGUUUGCAAGUGUGGAGAUGUCAUAAGUUGAAGUAUGUAUUUACUUCAUCUAUGGUUGAAAACCUUGUGCACCUGAAAACACUUGAUGUUGGUGAUUGUGAUCGAAUGGAAGACAUAAUAGAAGGAAUACUAGGUGGGGAAGAAAGGAUUAACAACAGCAUAAGCGUGCUCCCUAAGCUUGACUCGUUGAAACUCAACUAUCUUCCUAAUCUCGAAACAUUUUGUUGUGGAAUUAACCUAAUUGAAUUUCCCUUCUUAAGGGAAUUACAAAUAAAGAAUUGUCCUGUUCUGAGCACAUUCCAUUUCGAUACUGCAAGUAUUGGAAACAUCUCACUUGAUCCUAAUGUACCUCAGUCACAAUAUCUCUUCACUGCAAAGGUUUUGUUUCCUGCAUUGGAGGAGCUGCUUUUGCAUUCAGUCAAUGAGAUUGAAAAAAUAUGGCAUGAUGAUCAACUUCUUACUGUGUCUUGUGGUGUUCAAAAUUUAACACAUUUGCUAGUGUGGGGAUGCCGUAAGUUGAAGUGUGUAUUUACUUCCUCUAUGGUUAAAAGCUUUGUGAACCUGAAAACACUUAGAGGUCAGAAAUUGUUAUGGAAAGGAAGACAUAAUAGAAGGAAUACUAGGUGGGGAAGAAAGGAUUAACAACAGCUUAAGCGUGUUCCCUAAGCUUGACUCGGUGGCACUCUACAAUCUUCUAAAUCUCAAAAGAUGGCAUGAUGAUCAACUUCUUACAGUGUCUUGUGGUGUUCAAAAUUUAACACAUUUGGAAGUGUCCAAUUGUCAUAAGCUGAAGUGUGUAUUUACUUCCUCUAUGGUUAAAAGCUUUGUGAACCUGAAAACACUUAAAGGUUAGACAUUGUAAUGAAAUGGAAGACAUAAUAGAAGGAAUACUAGGUGGGGAAGAAAGGAUUAACAACAGCAUUAAGGUGUUCCCUACUCUUACCGUGUUGGUACUCACCGAUCUUCCUAAUCUCAAAAGAUUUUGUUGUGGAAUUAACCCAGUUGAAUUUCCCUUUUUAGGGAAAUUAGAAAUACGAAAAUGUCGUGUUUUGAGUGCAUUCCAUUUUGAUACCGCAAGUAUUGGAAACAACAUCUCACUUGAUCCUAAUAUACCUCAGCCACAAUAUCUUUCAGUGCAAAGUUUACGUUUCCAAAUCUACAUCAACUUACUUUGAGAUGGAAUGUUGGAGUGAAAGAGAUAUGGCUUUUGGUUCCAUCCUCGACAUCUUUCCAGAAUUUAGUGGCUUUGGAAGUAGAAGGAUGCCAUGGAAUCAUAAAAAUUAUUACCCAUUCUACAGCCAAAAGUCUCGUACAUCUUGAAAAAAUGACGAUAGAGAAUUGCCAAGAGAUAGAAGAAAUAGUGGGUGGUGGAGAUGAUGAUGAUGAUAAAAUCAGUUUUCCCCAACUCAAGAUUUUGAAACUUCAAUCUCUGCCAAAGCUAGAAAGCUUUUGUUCAUCACGGCAUUAUACCUUUGACUUCCUAUCCUUAAAAUGGGUAUAUGUGGACGAUUGUCCAAAUAUGAAGACGUUCUCUCAUGGAGAAUUAAACACGCCAUUCUUGCACGGCAUAAGAUUACAAUGGAAUAUGCGUUGGGAAGGCAACCUUAAUAGCGCCAUACAACAAAUUUUCAGAGAAGAGAGUAGUAUGGUAGAAGAAUCUGAAAAUUCUUGGGAAGAAUCUGAAAAUUCUGAGGAAGAUCUAAGCGAUCUUUGUAAGAAACAAAGGAGACAUGGAACAUGGGAAGGGAACUAGGUGUCGUGUCAAUGGAUAAUGACAAGAAAAUUUUGGGGGAAAAUCGUGGAGAUCUCGAGUCAGAAAACAACCUAAUUAGCUUAUCGGAGGUGACUGGAAGGUAUUUGUUUUGGCUACAAAUUAAAUGUCUUUGUAUUAAUCUUGUAGUUUCAUUUUUUGUUGGGUCUUUGGAAUUAGGAGAUGUUCAUAUGAAUUGGAGAUGGGUAUAGAGAUUAUGUGAAUAUAAAUAUUGGGGUCGAUUCAGGGUUGCUUUUGGUUUUGAGUGUGAUAUUUAAAUAAUGUUUAUUCUAUUUCAUGGUUUUACUAUUGGUUGUGUGUGCAAGUAUAGUCUUGUGGGAAGGGAGGUAUACUAGUGUUUUUAUGUAUGUGACUUUACACACAAUACCUAAACAAAGCCCAUAAGAACGUACGUACAUACAUACAUGCAUAAAUUUGUAGCUUUUAGUAGAGCAAAAAAAAUUGAAGGUUUUUCUUACUUUCAAUAAUAAACGUUCUUCCUUCA